ACCCCUAUCGCUAUCGAUAACCUUACUCUCUCACCGCCUACGGCUUCGGGACAAGCCCCUCGCCGCAAGCGUCACUGCGCUCGCCUGUUGCAAUUGCCCGUCAUCAUCAAUCCCAGAGCUUCGGCCGAAAAAAGUUUCUCCCCAGCAUUCCAAAACAUGUUGUCAUCUGUCCGGAUUGAUAGCUCUACUACCACAUUGACCGUUAUCGAACUGCGCAUCUAAAUCCCCGCAUACUUGUCUCUACGCAUCCGCAUCCGCAUCCGCAUGGCCUGAUUAUUCCCAGCGGCAUUCGCUAUCGUCCCCGAGUGUCAACCUUCACUACGCUCAACACCCGAGACAAAUAUUCGAUCCGAGUGACAGUCGAGUAAGGGAAGAUCUAAUCAGCAGUCGAUACAGCGCCACUGUUGCUCCCACGGCUUAAGCGCUCACAACACCUAAUCCCUUCUGCCGCCAACCCCGCUAUUGCAACGAUGUCCGUUCAAAGCUCCCCCAGACCCUCCUUCGAGUCCGAUGAGAGACCGGAGUCGAGUCAGAGCUUGACUCCAUCCGUAGUCUCUGGCCAUCGACCAAGUAUCUCCUUCGAAGCCAACCCGCGCAGCCAAAGCCCGCGCCGCCGAUCCAUCCAAUUCAACGUCGGCAACACGGAAACGCAACUGCCCAGUCGCACCUACAAUGUCAAGGAGAAGCGCCUUUCAUAUGCAGAAGCGCCGGUCAGAGAUCUUGAUAUAGACAGAGAGCCGCGGGCUCUAUCUACAAGUCGCGGGCCGUCUCCGCCGCCACCAAAGACUUACGAGCGCGGUGUUUCCUUCAACACCUUUGACAACCGCGACGCUGCAGACUUCUCGUUGACCCUCAAUUACAAGCACAAGGGGUACCAGAGUACCCGUCGGAGCCGGACGUUUCUGUGCGGCACGGACCAGAAUGAUUACUCCGACUUUGCACUGAAUUGGCUGAUUGAUGAGUUGGUUGUUGAUGGGGAUGAGAUCGUUUGUCUACGUGCGGUGGAGAAGGACUCGCGCAUGGCCAGCGAUGCUGGAAUCGAGGAGGGCAAGUAUCGCCAGGAAGCCAAGCGGCUGUUUGAGCAGGUGAUUCAGAAGAAUAGCCAAAAUGAGAAGGCUAUCAGCGUGGUCUUGGAAUUGGUGGUAGGAAAAGUGGAGGAAAUCAUUCAACGGAUGAUUCGUAUCCACGAGCCCGUCAUGCUCAUCGUCGGAACCCGAGGCCGAAAUCUCAAGGGUGUUCACAGUCUCCUUCCGGGAUCCGUCUCCAAAUACUGCGUCCAGCAUUCCCCAAUCCCCGUCAUCGUUGUCCGCCCCUCGCCCAAGCGCGAAAAGAAAAAGAAGAAGCGCCGCGCGGAUCCGGGACGACGCAGCUACAACCAUCUCCUCGAACUGAGCGAGAAGCGCGGCAGUCGUGUCUUCGACGGUAGCUCCAGCACUGAAGGCAGUGCCCUCAAACUGCCAGGUGAAGAAGCCGCCGUCGCCGAAGCGCUGGGUCUUCCUGCGACCUACUCUCGCAACAACUCGCGAAGCUCCAUAUCCGUAUCUGACCGCAGCAGUCUGAGCAUCGACGAUUCGGAUCCCACCUCUCCCGUUCCAUACUCCCUAGACACGGUUCUCAUGAGAAGCCCGUUGAGCGGUAGCUCUGCUAGUUCGGAGGAGAGUGUUGUGGUCAGCGAGCCACGGCGCUCUAAAUCGCCAGAGCCACCGAUCCGACCACACUCGCCCUCCCCCGACCAAGACUCAUCGGAUGAGUCGGAGCACCAAGUAAAAGAAGAGGAUGCAACUAGCUCAAUCUCUGAAACGUCCGAUCCUCUCGCUAAGCGGGUGUCGAUCCCCGUGAUUGAGGUCUCAAAUGAAAGUGAAGAGAAAGGUACCGCCCGUGCUGACUGAAAGUGAACGUUCACUCCGCCUGAACCAUCGCACCUAUCUUUCGUCUCAUCCCCCAUACCCUGCAUUUUCUCGUUUCGUCGCAUCUUCUAUGCAUUACGUCCCAGCGACAGAGCAACACGUUUGAUUUCGCACAAUACCGAGACCCCUCCCCGCAUCAUAUCACAUCAUUUAUUAUCUGGGCUACUGAUACCCCUUGCCCCUUUUCCCUAGCGCAAAAUACCCUACGUUUUUCCUUGACUAGUCGCAACAUGUUCUCCGCUCUACUCAAUCCAAUUACAUGGACUCGCUGCUCAUGUUAGCAAGGCAUCUUCACCUCUUU